AUGUGGCCGCCUCGUGGGAUAGGCACCGAUCAGCAGAGCGUGCGCACAGCCAAGCUCUCAGGGGUGUCUUCUGUGCGACGUGAUGACGCGUUUCUCCCUUUUGCCGCGCUGGAGGAACGGAGGUCCCGAGGCUCUCCAUCCGAGCGCUUUCCGUGGUCUCGGGGCCGCCGCAGCAGCCCUUUGCUGUCGAGUGCCGACGGGCGCCGGCGCGACGCCGACGUCCGCAGUCAGCUCGGCGGCAACAACAAAAGCUUCGUGGGCUCCACUGUCGCGGCACUGCCCUGGGGCAGGGGCUACCAGCAGGGGUCAGGAGCCCCGGAGAGCGGCGGCUUCAGGGCCUUCCCCUCCAGAUGGAGGCAUCCCUUCUCAUCCCAUGGCGGCGGAGGCGGGCACAGUGCAGCAACGUCCUCGCUCGCGGGUGACCGGGGUGUCGGCGGAAACUCGAUGAUGAACGCUUCGUCGUGCGCAGACAUGGAAGUUCCGCGCGCAAUGAGCCGCACGUUUUCUCAGCAGGGGUCUUCGUACCUCUACGGGCCUGCUGGCCCGCGCGGCGCGGCGGACGGGGACGCGGCGCCGGGGUUGCGGGCUUUCGACUUGGUUUCAAAGGCGAGCCCGUCCAAGAUGAUUGAAGAGCGGCCGCAAGACGAUGAGAGAGAGGAACCCGACAGUGACGAUGAAGAGCGCGACCAGUCCGAGUGUCUGCGCCUCUGCCGGAAGUGGCUGCGAGCCGUCUUUCCUGACUCCUAUCCGCUGCUCUGGUUCCUCAUCCAGGCCUCCGUCUGCUUCGUUCUCUUGCUCGUCGGCCUCGGCGACGGCAGCAACAGCAGCCGCAGCGAUUACGCCCUCGGGAAACUCGACUUCCACUGGAUGCCUGGCGAGGACGUCACCGACAAAGCCAGACCGAAGCCGCACAUCAUCGGCGACAUCGACAGCGAGAGGCUCUUGCUAAACGGGUCUCUCGUGUUCAUCUGCGUGACGCUGCUGAACCUGGCCUUCUGGCUCUGCACCAUGGCCGUGAGAGUUGUCGUCAUUACGGGCUUGCUGAAUUUGAUUUGUUAUGAACGCCCGGCGGCGACGGCCUUCGCGUCGACUGUGGAUCCCGAAAUUUUCUACGUUGCCUGGAGCGUCUUCAUUUACGCCUUCUGGAGAGGCCACACUCGAUCGAGCCCUCUAGUGCUUGUCCCGAACAGCCAAGAGAAGACAGAGAUCGAGCCCCUCACGUUCUACCGGCUGUUUGGCGACGAGUGUUUUUUCACCGCCGACAUGCUGCGCGCGAUUAACCUGACCAACGUCGUCUAUCUCGUUCUCUCCGUUCGCCGCGCCCUGUUGGCACUCAUGCUGUUUUUCUUCGAGCUCGGCUUCCUCAUGAACAUGAAUUCUCAGCUGGUCAACUACCUCACCAAAUACGCGCGGAUUCGCAAACUGAAUGUAAAGUGGUCGCGCAGCACCCCGCAAGACUGGCAUCGCUCGACAGAGUCUGCGGCGUCUGUAUGCAGCAGCAACGAAGACGGCCAGCGCAAUCUCUUGUCGCAGGAGGCGAGGCCAGACGACGACACCCUGCGGGUGACCACGACGGCGCAGUCGUCCCUGGGCCCGCUGCCGUCGUUUCUUCCUCUACGAGAUGUGUCCGCGAAAGAUCUGCUCAAUCUGCAGCCGGAGAAUCCCUUCCUCCCUCCCUUGUCUUCCUCGUCUGCAUCUGCUGCCUCCUCAGCCGCUUCGUCCGCCUCCGCGUUCGCCUCUCCGCCGUCGGCUCGAGCCUUCGCGUCUGCCUCGCCCUCCGAGGCGGUGCGCACCCCUCGGGGCCCUGGCCUUGAGAGACAGCAACUAGAGAGGCAGCGAGAAGAGAGACAGCGAGAGGAGAGAAGCAACAGACGAGCGAUGGAGGACGCGGGCGCGCCAAACGUGGGCGAUCGCCCAACGGCUGCGGCUUGUCUCGAAGGCGAUAGUGCCCCCUCGAGGCCCGGCGCCGCGGCGUCCAGUCUCCACGCACCUUCACAGGGCUCUCGAGAGCCCGCACAGACGUCUCCGGCGGCACACGCCUGCCGCGGGUCGGGAGAGAGGCUCUGCGAGGGAGAGACAGAAGUCGAGAGAGAGCGAGUGGAGCAAGGAGAAAGCGAAGAUGUAGUCCCACGCAAGCCCGACGAGGAGGCGGAGGCGCCCAGAGCCUCAGUCAGAGAGGGCAGGGCUCUGCGGGAUGCCGAAGACUGGGGAGGCGAGCGAGAAGACGACUCCAGAAGCGCCGCGCCUUCCGCGAGAGAGGCAGCGGAAGGGCGAAUGCGAGAGAGUGCCCUGUUCAUUCUGCCGCCUGAGGAUGAAGAGGAAGAAGACGUGAAUGAGGGCACUCAGGCGUGGGCGACGCGGGCGAGAAGAGGCUACGACCGACAAACUCAGAUCAUGCGGUUGAGAGACAAAGCUCGCAAGUUCUUCCGCGACUGCUGGAGGCGCAUCGAACGCUUUCAGCAGCAAUACGCCAGGACGCGAUACAGCGGCACGUCGCUGAGAAGCCCGCCAUCGUCUAGAAGAAAUUCGGGGUUCCCCGGCCUCCACCUUGGCCCUUUGUUUUUUCCCUCGAAGCGCGGCGCGGCGGCGUUGCUGGAGCGAGGCCCGAUCACCUUCGGCUCGCCGCAUCCUUCUCCGCGGCUCGACGACCUGCUGGGCGACGCACUCGAGAGGGCAGACGGAGACCGCGAGGCGGAGAGAGAGCACGAGUGCAGGGGGCUUGGAGGCGGCAACCCAGCCGCGGCGGGGGACAGCGGCAGGCCCGCAGCCCGAGGCGCCUUAUUGCCGCUCCACGCGCACCAGCACCGCCCGAUGAGCGCCUUCCGCAUCCGCCACUCCAUCACCAAGAAACGAAUCGAACAAGAAGUCCACGGACAAGGUCUCCCUCGACCUCUGAAGGCGCAGAGCAUUGAAGCGACAAAGACAUCGAAGGUGCAGAACUGGUUGUCGAUUCAGUACGCGCUUCACCACCCGCCUGCGUUGUUUAUCCACGGCCGACGCAUCGCGCUGACGAACAAGAAGAUCACAGGCACGAUCGCGGAGCUGUUGUUCAAUCAGUUGGUCAAGGAGAACCGACAACCGCCUGGCUCCUCCUGCUCGCCGUCGCUCGUUUCCGAGCUCAACCACGUGUCCUAUCCGACGGACAGCCAAGCCUUUGACUCAGCCAAACCCGAGAGCGCCGCGGCCGAGCCGACCAAUUCUGCGCAAGCCACGACGGAAGACGCAAGACGUUCCACAGCUAAGCCGACGCUCGCGCCGCCCGCGGAACACAUGGGGCUCGCGAGACGCACCACGAGCACGCAGACGCUUGCCCACGAGGGGAGCGACCGAGCGGGCGAGGUCUCAGACGCAGCGCUUCUCCGCCCAACCCGAGGAAGCAGCGACUGCAAGCGGGGCGGCGCAGGUGAGCCAGAUGUAGGGUCGGCAUCAAGCCGGGGUGCUUCCGUGAGCAGCGCAGGCGACUUGGGAAGGCCUGAGAAGACCCGUCUCUGCGCCUGCCGAGAAGGGAGCCGAUGCGCCACAGGUGACAGCGAGGACGCAGCUGCAUGCGGACGCAGCGAGCGGAGGAACAGGCGCGGCGCACAGACCGAGCCAGGAGGAAUCGACGUGAGAUCAAGAGGAGGUCAAGACGCAGACUGCGCGGGCUGGGACAAGCCGCCAAGAGAAACGGCGCCCGCCCUUGCAAGCUCGCAGGUGAAGCUACGCGGCGACCCGCAAAGCAGCGCAAGGAGUCAAGGAGCAGGGGUUGAGUCCGCUGCACUUCGCUCUAGCUCCGAACGGGUUGGUGCCGGCAACGGCGGGCACGUCCCAGGUGCUGGUGCGCCUUGUAAGGGCACGGCCGAAGGCGGAGGCCGGAUAGGAAAACGAACCUCAGGCUCGGAAGAGCCUGACGGCAGAAGGGGCGACGCCAUGUGCACAGCCACAACGAAGCCCAAAGCGGCAUCAGUGGACGCGAGCUCGCCUCCUGCAUUCGCCGUUCGCUCCUCCUCCACAAGUGUUCCCUCGGCUGCGCGGCAUUCUCUCCACGCCGCCGCAGAACCACGGGGUCCGCGAGGCGGCAGCGUUGGCCUGGCGGGGGGGCCAGAGGGUGCGGAGCCGCUUGGGGCGGCUUGGGAGGACGAGGAGGGAUGCGCCUCCAGUGGGGACGACGUCCAGCCUUCCUUCGCCUCUGCGCCUUCCCUAGCCGCCGAGAGGCCGCCGCACGCAAAGAGCGAACUCUGCGCGGCUGGAGGUGUCGAGGAGGCGGCGGUCGCGUCCCGCGUGGGGAAGCGCUCCGUCGCGCUCGAGGGCUGGGCGAGAGCGCGACGCGAAGCAAACGAAGGAGUGAGGAAGAGACACCGAGAGGGGGAAGGGGCUGCGGACGCUGAGGGGGCAGGCAGUGCAUGCUACGCCGGCGUCGACAGCCAGCGACGCGAAAAAGCAUUGCAGGGAGUGCCAGGCGGCGAGCCAGAUCUGCACGCGACAGCGGCACAGACAGGAGGAGUUGGCGCCGAAGCGGAUGUGUGGGAAGCUGACGGCAGUGCACCCACCUGCCCAGAUAAGAAGGGAGACAAGCGAACUCGGCGCAGCGACGCGUACAUAAGAUCGCCUGAGUGGAGGGCCCGACGUGCGUCCCGCCCUCGGGCGCCCGUGCUGGGAGGAAGGCACCUUGAGCCAUCGGAGACAAGUCCGGCUUCUGCUCCCGACCCACACAAGGGCGACGAAAGGAGCGACCGGUCCUCAGACGAGCCCGAAGAACCCCGCUUCGGAAGCCCUGCGUUUUCUGGCGAAUUUGCGCCGAUCCCCCUCGCCUUUCGGGCCCUAGGUGCGUCGCUGCCAGCGGAGCCGCCCGACGAAGAUGGCGCCGGCGUCGCCCGGGACGAGGGCGAAAGGUACGGCCCCCCCAGUCUCGCCUUAUCCGUCCUGACCGAGCCGCCGACAGUGUCUCUAGGGAUGCCCCUAGCCUGCGCUGAGGGCCGCGAAGACACCUUAUCCGUCGAAGGAGCAGCCAGGGCGCUUCGCGUCUCGAACUCGCCUUCCUUGCCUUCCGGUGCUGGCUUGCACGGGGCGCUGCGGCGUCCCCCCGACCGCCGCGGUCGGGCCCCAGGCCGCACAACCGGGACAGACGCGCCGCUUCGUCGCACGUUGGAAGAGCCUCCACGACCCCGAGCACCCGUCACACCGAUUGUCUGUCCGUCGGUGCCUUGCGGCGCCUGCGGACAGGCGCGGGCCGCCUCGAACCUGUCUCCAGAAAAGAGACAGGCGAAGUCGGCCGACGAGGGGCGCUCAACGGCUUUUCCUGACAUUUCGCGGUCCGCGAAAACCGCGAGAGACGAGACUGCCGCCAACAGUCUGCGGCCGCGCGCCGGCGCCCCUGCUCAGACCCCGAGAGACUCUUCGGCGGCGAGGCCCCGCAGACGAGGGCAAGUCGAGGCAGGGGGAGAAACUGAAGCGCGCCGCGAGAGGCUGAGACAAGCAGAGAAAGAGGCCCGACCAGGAGAAGACGGAGAGACUGGAAGGAACGAUGCGGAAGCGGAGACAGAGCAAGGCAGACGGCGACAAACUGAACCCAGUGCUCCUCUCAGAGGGCCGACGGCCGAUUCCAGGCACCAUGAAAAAAACGCCGGCGACGAGGAGGCAUCUCGUGUCCGCGUUGGCGAGCCCGUAAGGGUCGCAGAAGUGCCGGCGUUUACUUACGCUCCGGUUUACGAUACAGAGAGGAAGAAAGAGACAAAGGCGUUCGCCUCCACGGUCGGGCACACGGGAGCUUCUCCGCCGUCACAGGUUUUCUCGUCUGGCGCUUCCUCGUCGAAGGGCGGCGUUGAGGCGGAGGCGCUUCGCCGCUCGUCAGCCCCAGCGCGACGCUGGCGGUCUGCGAAUUCCCCGUCCGGAUCGUCUUCUGCCGCAUCUCAAGCUGCUACUUCUGCCUCGUGUGCUGCGCAGGCGCCCCUCGAGGCUCUAGGAUCCACGGCCGGCAAAGCAGACGCGGGGAAGAUUUUACGCAGGGACGACGAGGAGCAUCUCCUCGCCCGCUCUGCGUCUGCCGAGGGCAGCCAGGAACUGCCAGAGGCAGCAGACGGGCAACCAGGUAGAACGAUCACGAGAGGGGCAGAAGGGUCGAAGCCGCCAGCGGCCUCGGGCAGCGGGAGUGGGCACGCUGCGCCUUCGGCGAGCAGGCCCCUUGCAGAGGGAGACGAAGAGGAAGGGCGGUCAUCUGGAGACGAUAGACCCACGCCAGAGCCGAGCAGCUCACUUCCUCCCAGUAAGUCUUUCUCCGUGCCGCCACCGUCGCCGUCGCUGUCGUCGCCGUGUUCUCCUCGGGCUUCGCCGUCUCACGCGACCUGUUCCCCUUCUUCCUCCGCGGCCGUCGCGUCUGCUCAUUCGCUCUCUGCAUGGGCUGCCUUCGCACGCCAGUUCUCGGGGCCGGGCGGGCCUUCUCGUUCUCCGCCAGGCUCUCCAUCUUUGCCCUCUUUCACUGCAUCGGGUGCCUCUGCGUCGUCCCCAGCUUCGCGCUCGAAUCUUGGGGGAAGCCUUCCCUCUAUCGAUCCCGCCGCCCACAUGGCUGACGCAAACAGCUUCCUCGGAGCCGCGCUGUCACACGACACGACCGAAGCGCUCACUUCCAGGGAACAAGGCCCCGACAGGGGGGUCGCGUCGGCUGCCCGUCUGACUGAGGGAGAGCGCAUGCGGAAGGAUUGCGAGGCCUCAGCACCUGAUGCAUCCUCUUCGGUUUCCUCUCCUGCGUCACCUGAGGCAAACGGUGCCCUCGUCGCUACCUCGGCGCCGCUUUCUCGGGGCGCUGCGUGCAAGGGACAAGGCGCUUGGUCAUGGGCGAGCCGCUCGGGCAUGUCGGCGUCUGCUUUUCACGUUCCUUCAUGUGCGUCUGCCUUUCAGCCUUCCUCCGGCCUCAGCCUUCCUAAGGCCUUCGCGGGGGCCUCCUCUCGCCGCAGCCCCGGUCCGCCUCUCCCUCCCUCAGGCGGUCCAAGUGGCUCCCUCCGGCCGCAGCCCGCGGGCGCGUCCUCGGAGGCCGCGCGGGCGCCGCUGGCGCUGGCUAAGCGGCAGGUUCACCACUGCGCGAGAGUGGAGACUGCUGGUCGAGAGACAGGCCGCGAGCCAGGCCGCGAGGAAGCCGAUGCCAGUGGGGAGGCGGGGCCUGCACUCACACCCCAUUCUGGGCCUACGGUCGUCUCUGAUGUACGCGAGGGGGAGCGGAAGGAGAAGGCAGAAGCGCGUGUCACUGAGAGUCGCUCCGCAGCGCAAGGCGCAGGCUGCGAUUCUGUGGCAGACGGAAGGGGGGCAGAAGACGCUGAGCGAGCCUCCUUUGAUGCCAUCGCCGAGGACGGCGACGCACGAAAGGAGACCGCGCGGAGCCGAGAAGGGGAGAGGAAAAGAGAAGGCGGAGACUCAACGCAACUGGAAACCACCCAAGCGGCUGAGCGAGCAGGCGCCUCCGGGCAAGCAGGCGGAGGAUGCACGAGUGGAUGGCUCACCAGCAUGAGCACAGCGAGGCACUGCGUCGAGUCGGUAGACGAGCGCGAGAGGAAAGAAACGGACGAAGUCUACCUGGGCCGGGAGACGAUUGAACUGUAUCUGCGGCCAGAAGAAGCGGAGGAAUUCAUGAAACAGGUCGAUUUCGCAGGUCACGGGAAAAUCAACGCGGAGAUGUUCAAACGCGGCAUUCUCAACAUCUACAACGCUCGCAAGCGACUCGUCCGCGGUCUCCGAAGUCAAGGCAGCGUCGCGUCCACGGUGCUGCGAAUGAUUUCUCUCCUUCUCUGGUUCGUGUGCGCCGUCGUCAUGCUCCUGGUCAUUGGCGUCGACAUGAACUCUGUCAUCGUCUCCGGGGCGGCCUUCCUCUCAGCUCUCACAGUUGCACUCAGCUACUUGUAUCAGCACUUCAUCACAGCCGUCAUCUUCGUCGCGCUGACGAAUCCCUACAACAUCGGAGACCGCAUUCGCGUAGACGGUGGCGAAAUCCUCACAGUGCGAAAAAUCCGAACGUAUACUACGGAGUUCGACACCGUCCACGGCCGGCCGGUCAUUUACAGCAAUUCCGUCCUUUUCUCUCGCGUGCUGACUAACGAAUCUCGCGCAAAGAACAGCGUCCUCGAGUUGAAGCUCCGCGUCGGCAUUGGCACUCCACACUGCCUCAUCAAAGCACUGGAAACGAAAAUGCGGAAGUUCGUUGAACAGCGACCCAUGGACUUCGUGAAAGAUUCGUUCUGGGUCGUAGUCCACCAUGUCCAACCUGGAGAAAGCAUCGAUUAUUCACUCUGGAUGGCAUGCGUGGAGGGAUGGGGAAACUACCGGCGCGUUUUAGACUUGCGCAGCGAGGUUUACUUCUACUUGGCCAAGCAGUUGACGAAGCUGGGAAUCUCCUUCCAUCUGGCCCCCCAGCCUGUGUCAAUUACAAACGCGUCGCCGCCUCCUGUUCAGAUGCGGCCUCUAGGCCGAAGCAGCUCCCCGGUUUCUCCCUCAGCGAUCCGGUACAUGCACUCUCCCGCGGCAGCGCUCCGCCACCACACGUCGAGUCGCAAAACUCCGUCUCCGCAAACAUUUCAUGCUCUGGCGGUCCAGGCUAUUGUGGAAGGACACGAAAGCAGCAGCGACGCUUCGCUCUCACGAAGAUUCCCGCCACAAGAGCACGCGAAGCUUUGGGAGCCGGUCGGUGAGAAGAGGAAUCUUCACACAGCGGCACCGUACUAA